AUUGAAGGCGGCAUUUCGUAGUGGUUGUUUCUUUUCCGCGUGGAAAAGUUAUGAGUUGGGUUACAAUAUUCAAAAGCCUUUUGAUAAUAGCAAUAAUUCCACAUCUCGCCUUUGCGUCUGCCUGUCAAACUGAUGAAUCUGCUCAUAUCCUUUUGAUACAAAAGAUCGGGAGACUUGGCUUCCCUUAUGCAAGGUUUCUCCAAUAUCUCAUGUAUAAUGUGAAUCGUGGUUGUUUUGUUUCGGAAAACCCAUACGAAAAUAUUCAACAGUCAAUAGGCUCUGGUGGUAUUAUACUUGCCCCCAGUGUGCAUGCACGUAUUAUUGGUGCGUUGGCUACAACCACAAACCGUGGUUUACGUGCUUUAGUUAUUGAGCCAGGCAGUGGAUACCUCACAGCAGCUAUUUCGAUUUUGACUGGUCACACUGGUGUCACUUUUUCAAGUCAACCUAACAAGGAAUUAACUGAUCUGGCUAAGAAAAAUGUUGAAAAUUGGCUGAAACAUAAUGAUUUACGUGAUAAAUUCGGUUUACAAUUGGGACAACAAAUAAUAUUUACAUCCGUUGGUGAUAAAACUGCUUGGUCAUCAAAUGGACCAUAUGACUUUAUUUUUGUUCGUACAAAGGACGGUUCUACUGUGCCUGAAUUGAAAAAACAGCUGAAAAGCAAUGGUCGUCUAGUUUGUUUGGAGGGACCUGAUUGGGGAAAACAGAAAUUGUAUCUCAUACGUUAUUCGUAUUAUGGUACCUACCAGGAGUCAUUUUUGAUGAAUGUCGAAUAUGAAGCACCUCCUGAUAAACAGUCUCCAGUUCCACCUACAUCAGCGCCACCAGCGAAGCCUAAAGAAGAACCUUCAGGUGAAGAUGAAGAAACAACUGAUGUGUCUGGAAAAGAUACUAUUUAUGUGCCUAGAGAAGAAACUACUAAUGUACGUGAAGAAGACACUAUUGAUGCAUAUGCAGAAGAACCGUUUAUUGAACCUGGGUGGGCAUUCAUCAAAAUUGUUGCAAAAACUAAUACAGACGUUGACGGUUCACUGAAAUUACUAGCCUAUAGAUCGUUCAUCAUCAAAUGCUGGAUGACCUUCGGUGUUCAAGGUGACUGAUUAAGCCUAUGGUACAGUGUUGAGCAGAUGGGCCAUUUGGCGCGCUUCCCGGUUAUGUUCGGGUGUUUGUACGUGACCUCCAGUUAAUUAUUCACGCAUCACUGCACUUAAACCGAAACAGAAACCAUAUUUUGGAUGAUCUAUUUUUGUUCUGAUUCAGCUAACUAACUGUUCUCGGGUCUGUGUCAAAGAAGCACAUUUGGUGUUGGAAGAUAAUAUGCGCGCGAAGUCAACUUUCGCUCAAAUUCUCUUUUUAAACCUUCAUUACAACGUGUGACCAGACCCUGAGACUCACACGCAUCAAACCUGAUGAAUGAUCGAUUUAACUUGUACCAUUUCUACCUGAUAAUGUGGAGAUACGGUUUUUCUACGCUGAAGUCAACUUCUGUGAACAUGGUAUCAUGGACUCAUGUUCACAAUACCUAGUAACCGUACAUGCCUCGCUAUCAAAACUGACAAGUAAGUCACAUAAUACAUUUUCGCUCAGGAUACAAUUGAUACAUACAAGUUUCUGAAGACAGCCAUCCUGAAGAGAAACAAUCUCUCGAUAAGGUAUUCCAUAACAAUAGGUUAAGAGAUCAGUCAGUGGUGUGUAUGGUUUCACGGAUGUUCAAGAUUACUGCUGCACAGAGAAUUCGGUGGAACCCACCAAAGGUUUGUGUUCGUUUAAGUCUCUGCACUAAUGCAAGCAGUCUCCAUUGAUACUCAGCUAUAUCAGCAGCUGAAUACUAUAAAUUUCGCAAUGGAUUGGAAAUGCAUUGUUCUUAAUCGGCACGAUAUCAAUCAAUGUUGAAUUUGAGGUUGUACGUUUCUGAGAGUCAUUUAAACACUUCUCAGGUUGACAAUCCGAUUCUGUUGUCCAAAUCACUAUUUUAAAAAAAAAGAAUCACCUGGACAUAACGGUUUUCUUGGUCAUCUCGUUACUACUCUUUAUUUGUUAGCAGAUCAUCCUCAAAACAAACACGUAUGAAUAAACGAAUAGAGCUAAUUAUAUUUAUUCGUUUUCUAUUUCAUUUUGGUUUCUUAGAAAAAUAACUGAAAUUCGUUUACGCGAACAUACAGAAUCAAUUAAUAAGCGUAGGACAGAUGUAAAAAUUGUCAAAAUCGCAUGCUUGUAUAUUGGUUAUCCUACACGCGCUUAAGCUAGCUGUGGAUCGACAAAUUCCCAGACUAACAAAGACUAAGGUUUGAAACUCUCUCUUACUGCUUUGUUUUAAAUUGAUGCUGUGUGUAUUUUUGACCUCGUCAAAACGGAAAUAUUGUAAUAUAUUUAAUCCUAUCUCUGUUGUCAUAUAGUGUAUAUACAAGUAGGGAUGUUCCGCACAAAUGACAUAUUUGUGAUUCAGAACGGGAUGGUCUCCUUCAGUUAUAUGAGGUAAGGAUAAGUCUAGUUAGUUAGAGAAUGCUGUUGAACUAAACAUAUCAUAUAAAACAGUGUAUGCUGGUGUAGCGAUAGAAUGAAUAUAGAAGUAUUGACUUAACAUAUCUAAUAAACCAGGGUUAUGAGGUAUGAAAUACAUUUCCUUUGUAGU